UUUUGUUCACACCCCAAAACUAAGAAAAAAACAAACUAGCUUAAUCUUCAACUCUAUGUUGUCCCCAUUGUGUAUUUGGAAUUUGGCUCAUAAAUCCACAUCCAAAUCAAUAAAUCAUCCGACCAUUCAACUUUAUAUGUCCAUUGAUAUCAGCAUUUCACUUUAUACCAUUCCAUGUUCGUCCUUCAACUUAUGUUCACCAACUUACCAUCAUAUUCUUAUGACAUUUUAUUUAUAAAUCUUAGAUAUCUACGUCGAAAUAUUUCAUUUUCAACUAUCAUAUUCUCGUCCUUAGAAUUAUAUAUGUUAUAUGUUGAUGGUGGCAUUUUCCACUUUAUGAAAUCAUAUUGUCGUCCCUGGAAUUUAUUUAUAUCCUGAAUUAGAGGUGAACAGGGACGAAACGUUUUCUUUCAUGCAAAAACUCUUUCUCCUAACAGCUUCUCUGCAUGCUUUUUCCGUUUCUCUUCCACAAGAAACUCAUCAUCAUGCCACUCAAAACAUUCUUGAUUAUGAUUUCUACCCUACAUAUGAUUUCGGUCGGGAACUCCGAGAAUUCUCCUGCUGCUCCAGCGUUGUAUGUUUUUGGCGAUUCUUUGUUCGAUAGUGGUAAUAAUAAUCUCUUACCAACUCUGGCAAAGGCGAAUUUUCCACCCUACGGCAUGAAUUUCGAGAGGGGAGCCACUGGAAGAUUCACGAAUGGAAGAACUGUCGUGGAUUUCAUAGCUGAGUUUCUUGGAUUGCCACAUUCUCCACCGUACUUGAGUUUGAUACGAACUUUACUACGAUCGGAGCCACUGACGGGCCUGAAUUUUGCAUCCUCGUCUUGUGGGAUUCUUCCUCAGACUGGAAGCGCCUUGGGGAAAUGUCUGAAUUUAGCAGAGCAGAUCGGCCUGUUUGAGAGAGCAGUGAAACAGGAUAUCAGCAGGCACUUCAAAACCGCCGGUGAGCUAUCGAACUACCUGUCGAAAUCCGUGUUUGUGAUUUCCAUCGGCAGCAAUGACUACAUCAACAACUAUCUUGAUACACAGCGAUUCGACACGAGCAAACGUUACAGCCCUCUAUCGUUCGCCAGACUUCUCAUGAAUAACUUCUCCCAACAACUUGAGAGGUUGUACUAUUUGGGAGCAAGAAAGGUGAUCAUAUUUGAGAUUGGGCCCAUUGGGUGCAUUCCGUCCAGCACAAGGCAAGUCAAACACAAAGGACAAUGCGUUGACGAGAUCAACCAGCUUGCAAGCAUGUUCAACAACCAUCUUGCUCCAAUGCUUCAGAACUUGACUUUUAGUCUUCGUGGCUCAGCCUUCAUUCUUGGUCAUGCUCACUGGCUUGGCUAUGAUGCAGUAAUCAAUCCAUCUAAAUACGGUUUGACUGAUUCGAGCAAUGCUUGCUGCGUGACAUGGAUGAAUGGGACCUCAGCCUGCAUCCCUGAGCUAGGGGCACUGGCAUGCCAGGAACCAAACAAACACUACUUCUGGGACGGCUAUCAUCUUACUGAAGCUGUGUAUAAGACCAUAGCCACGCAUUGUUUCAACGGAUCCUCUGUUUGCAUACCCAAAAAUAUUAAAGAGCUGGUUUCAGAAGUUUGAAGACUGUAGAAAAGUUCUAGCUAUGUUUAUUUCUAGCAUCUAUAUUCAAAUGGAAUGGAUGACACUUUAGCCAGUU